ACUGUCUCUCUGGCUUAAUGGCCAGGCUGGGUCAAUCACCACCAUAUCUUUUGGAAGCUAUUUUUAGAUACGCCCAUCCUGAAAACCGGCAUUCAACGGUCUGACGACUUAACCGUGAUGGUUAGUUCACGACGACAGUACGAUUAAGCGGCCCCUGAACAAACACUUGGAUGCAAUCCCGCCGCACGACCAUCUGAUUCAUUCACUAAUAAGCCCGUGACAGCUGCCCUCGGUCCAAAAACAAACUGUGCUGCCGCACAAACGGAAUCCCAAGGGUGCACAUGCUCAGAACAUAACAGAAGCAAGGUGUCCCUAUGAAUUCCCAACUCAUUAUGCAACGGCAGUAUAUAACCCCGAGUCGCGCGGCCACUCGCACUCAGCGAGCACGGGGAGCGCUCGAUACUCCAACACACGCUACGAAAGACAAAAGAUCUGCCAUGGAUUUUAUCCUACCCUCACUACCAGUUGGUAGCAUCCAAUGGGAGAAGGUUCUACCGCCACUUUUCCCCCGUCUUCACGGGAUUUACGGACGCCGCAACUGCGCGCCCAAUCUGCUAAUACCCGAGAAUGACGGCGCCGGCGUCGCUGAGGCAAGUUGCGAUGACGGCGGAUUUACAGUCCAGGUGGAUGUCAAACACUUUAACCCCAAAGAUCUGCUGGUCAAAGUGAUCGGAGAUUUUGUCGAGGUGCAAGGGAGGCACGAAGAAAAAAAGAAAGACAGUCCCGGGAUGACGACGCGGCAGUUUAACCGUCGCUAUCGAAUUCCAAAGGGAGUGAACGCCAUGGCUUUAGAAUCGGCGGUUUCUCCAGAUGGCAUUCUUAUCAUAUCUGCACCCAUGCUGCACGAGCACACGUCAACAUCUCAGCCACUCUCAUAAAAGCCUU